AUGGCUAACAAUUGGACAUUUAAUCAAGAUGAUUAUUCACCAUUUGGUUCUGAUGAACAUAUUUAUUUAACAGAAUAUCGUUCACUUGUAAUUACAAUUGUUUUCUUUUUAAUUGGUCUUCUAGGAAAUGUUAUUAUGUUACUUGUUAAUGGAUAUAUUCUUCGACAUACAUAUAACGGUGAAAAACGUACAUUUGAAAAUUUUCUUAUUGAAAUAUCUUGUUUCGAUCUAUGUGUGCUUCUGUAUCAUUUAAUUAAUUCAAUAAUACGUUAUAAAGCAUUACCUAUUAGUGAUACAGAUACAAUGACUGGUUUAAUUAAUAUAUCAACUGUUUGUUGUAAAUUAUUAACAUAUAUUGUACGUGUAUCAACACUUAUGUCACACUGGUUAAUUAUUUUAUUAUUAUUAAAUCGAUUAUUUCUUGUUUAUUCAAAAUUUUAUCGAUUAAUCACAAUUGUCAAUGCGAAAUAUGCUGUUCUUGGUUUACUCUUUCUAUUUACUCUAUUCAAUGUUCCACCAAUUGAAUCGAUGUCCUAUAAUGAACCACUUAUUUUUACACCAAAUUCAACAGAGAAUAUAACAUUUAAUCAUCAUUGUUUAAUGAAUGCUGAAAUGGUUGAUUUACAUGCAUCAAUUUAUUCAACUGCUGUUAUAAUCAAUGUUUUUUUCUAUUCUGGCAUUGGUCUUAUAUUACCAACAAUAAUUAUAUUUAUUCUUUCAAUAAUACUUUUUCAAAAAGGAGCACAUAUUUGGUAUGAAUUACAUUCACAUCAUUCACCAACAGAAAAUAUAUCAUUACGAUAUAAUUCACCAAUAGUUGAAUAUCUUCGUACAUAUAAUUCAGCAUUUACACUUGCUAUUAUAUUUGUAUUUCUUUCAUUACCAUGUAAAUUACUUCGUUUAAUUAUUUUAUUUGCAUCAAAUAAUCUUGAUGAAUUAGUUACAUCAAAUAAUAUUCUUUUAAAAGCACAUGAUCAAAUGCAAACAAUUGGUCAUGCAUUUGAACUUUCACUUUAUUCAUAUAAAUGUAUUAUUAUGAUUUGUACAAAUUAUCGUUUUCGAUGUGGAUUAAAACAUUUAUUAAGAUAUGAAGAUACAAAUCUUAUUAUUGAUCAACGUCAAUCAACACUUGAAAAAUAUUAUAAACAACAUAAACAUAUUUAUGAACGUCAAUCACGAGCAAGUGUACCAUUUGAAGGAUUAUAUAAACAUUUACAAACAAAUGAAUUUGAACCAUCAAUUAAAAUGUACAGAAUUGGUGUUACACCUGGAUCAUAUAAUUAUCGAAUAAGUACAACAACACGAGCAAGUAUAUCUAGUCGACGAACAAAAGAAGAUGAAAUAUCACUUUAA